GUAAAGCAAAAGAAACACUAAAUCGAUACUAAGGAAUAAGGAUGGGGUAGCAGUAGUCGUUUCACUAUCUCCACUUAUCAUAACAUAAUUUCAACUACAUCCCCUUCUCUUUCAGAUUCAAACCUUCAUAAUUGCUUAAUUUGCAACAUAAAGAUUAAUCUUUAUGCGCUAAAGAUUUUCUUGAUGAUUUGAAUGAGAGAGGAAGGGUUUUGGGAGAUGGGAAAGAAGAAGAUACUCAAGAAAACAAAGGAGGUAUCAGUUGCAAUAGCAGAAUCAUCAUCGGUAGUGGGAGAACAAAUUGCUAAAAGAAAGAGAGGGAGGCCAAGAAAGAUUGUGGAGAAAACAGAAGAAGAAGAAGUCAAAGAACCAAAAGAAGAAAAAAGUCAACAAGAUUCUGAGGGAGAACCCGAGUCAAAGAAAGCAAAGUCAAAUGAAGAAUUGGUCAAAAGAGAAGCGACAUCAUCUUCUACUACUUCUCAUCAAGAUCAACCAAGAAGAAGCAGAAGAAAAAGCAAGCCAAGAAAGAGCAGCUAGCUAGAAGAACAUUGAUUUUGGAAAGGGAAUCAGUAGACAGGUAAAUCCCCGGGAUUUUGAGAAGACGGAGCAGUAUAGAGU